UUUCUUCAUUUAUUUCUUUGGAUGUUAAAAAAAGAAAACAGCAGGUUGUGAUGGUUUUCCAUAUAGCCUAUGCCAUUCAAAGGCUAUAAUGUUAUUUAAGAAUCUGCCUAAUAAUAAGAAAGUGAAAGUAAAAAAAAAAAAAAGAGAGAGAGUGAGAGAGAGAGAGAGAAAACGAAACACAUGAGGAAGAAAACCUCGUGGCAGCUAAGUUACAAUAGACUGUCAAGCACGAUCAAAAACAUUAAAGAAGUAGGCAACACAACACCUAUUUGUUGAAAGAAAGAUUUUGCAUCGAUUUUGGAUCGUGUUAAGAAGGGACACGCACAAAAUAUUUUCAGAGAUUAUCCAUAAACGCCUGGAUUCAUUAAUUUAGAGAAUGCUCAAGCUUGCGUAUCUGUUGUCAUGCUUGACAAUCGUCAGUGGAGGUUCUCACUCACUGAUAGCUUUGGUAACAUAUAUAGCUGGACAGACACCAUUUCCAGAGUUCAGUGCUGUGCUGAUGUUGGAUGAUCUGCAAAUAGUGUAUUAUGACUCUGUCACAUGGAAAGCUGUCUAUCGCACUAACAGUGAUUCAAAAUACUAUGAUGAAGAACAAAGUGAUGCUGGUGUUGUAUUUAAGGACAUGUAUAAUGGCAUGAAAACUCGUGAUUUUUAUGUUAAGAAACACCUAAAUCACACAGAUGGUGUACAUGUUCUUCAGAGAUUUGCUGGAUGUGAACUGUUGAAUGAUGAUAAACCAGGUCCACUUCAUUUCUGGGAUGCUUUUGAUAAACAAAGUAUGGAGGAGUUCACAUAUGACCUGGAAAAAAACGAUAUCCAGAUGAAAAAGCCAUGGAUAAUACCGUGUGACCAAGUGAAACUGCUUAAACUAAAGUUUAUAUAUAAAAAUGUUUAUCAUCCUAUUUGCAUUAAAGUUUUGCGGAGGUACCUGAAUAUGGAAAAGAACAAUGUGAUGAGAAAAGUGAAACCCAGAGUCAGACUCAUGAGGAAGACACUCACAGACUCUCAAGGGCUUCAGAUGAGCUGUCUGGCCACUGGUUUUUACCCCCGUCACAUUAACCUGACUCUGUUCAGAGAUGAUCAGCCUGUGGAUGAUGAUCAGAUCACAGGAGGAGAGAUUCUGCCCAAUGGAGACGGAACUUACCAGAUGAGGAAGAGUUUGGUGAUCAGCACAGAAGAACCAAGUGAAGGACACAAAUACAACUGUACAAUGAAGCACCUCAAUCUGGACAACAAACUGGACAUUACAUUUGUUUCAGAUGUGGCUGAAUCUGAUCCAGGAUCCCUCAGUCUGUCUGCAGUUAUCAGUGUGCUGAUGUUAAUGUGUGUGGCUAUUUUCACCAUAACUGCUCUCAUCAUAUGGAGGAAGAAGAGACGAGCUGCUGGACGAGUCUGAGAUGUCACAGUGUAAAUACUCCCCUACUCCAUCUUCAAGAUGAGGUCAAGACAAAAUGCAAAACUUUGUAGAUGCUAUUUGGGUUAUGCUAUGAUAACGACUUUCACAAUGAUAGUUGAUUAAAAUGACAAAGGAACUCUGCACAGACCCCUAUGACCAGCUUCAUCUCCAUACCAGCAUGAAGAAUCCAAUCAUGAAACAGAAGAAACUAGAUUAAAUAUUUUGAAUGCUACAGAUAUCCACAAUCUGACUUCUGACUUGUGAUGCAGCCUGAAUCAUAAUCAUAUCAUGUUUGUUCGUUAGCCAGAGGAGAACUGGCUCUCCGACUGAGGCUCGCUUCUCCCAAGGUUUUUUUCUCCGUUUUCUGUCACCUGAAGGAAUUUGGGUUGAAUCGUAUUGAAUCGUUAUUUUCUUGUUUAUCACUGUAAUGCUGCUUUGAAACAAUCUGCAUUGUAUUAAAGGUACAAUAUGUACAUUUUUCGCCACUAGAGGUCGCCUAUUCAAAUCAAAGGCGUAGCUUGAUGAUGGCGAGUUUGAGCGUGGAAUCUUG